AACGCCUCCGCUAAUAUCCAAAAAGGUCUGACUUGCUUGUGUACCUUUACUCGUAUCAAAGUAGGUAGCGGAGCUUUGAUCCAGACACGACUAACAUUUUAUCUUAGCUCUUAAAAAAGCAAACGAGAUUUUGGCCUCAAAUCCCGACACUUUCUUCUUCUCCAUUAUUUCCCCGAACUUUUAUAUAUUUCUCCAUACCAAGUCGAUUUACAUGACUCGGGCGUUACCCCAUAUUUGGAAGUAAAUGACGAUACACACAUGAGAGCACCGCACCCCUCCAUCCCUCUGCUCCAUGCUAUUGCAUCCACGAAAACAAAAGCGCAAAUAAUCAUUUGAUGUGUCUUAUCUAUUGGUAGUAAGACGAAAUCGUGCUGUACCAGAAAGAUUAGGACGUAGCCCCGCGACAGGCCGCAUGCGAGGACCCGUGGUUCUCGCAGAUUCAGUAUGACACCUGAUGCAAAUGCAACUCAGCAGGGAUCUACAUCACCAUCGUCCGACCAGCGGCAUCUGAGCGUGGCCUAUUCUACACCUGGUGAUCGCGAGGAUGGAGAAUCUUCAAAUGCGCUGGGCGAUGUUGGGGAGGGAGGAAGUCCGAAUGCUGACCAAGCGGAGGGUAGUGGGGCUGGAGAUGCGAAUAGCGGAGGGGAGUCCUCUAGGAAGAGAAAAGUUCCACCGGUGGAUGAGAGGAGGAGUGGUGCAAGGGGUGUGGCUAAUUUGACGCCAGAGCAGUUGGCGAAGAAGAGGGCAAAUGAUCGAGAGGCCCAGAGGAGUAUAAGGCAAAGGACGAAGAAUCAGAUAGAGGGGUAUGAGAGGAAGAUUAGGGAAUUGACUAGCCAGCAACCUUACCAGGAGUUACAAAAUGUAAUAAGGCAGAAGGAAAUGGUGGAGCACGAGAACUUGGAUAUUAAGAGAAGGUUAUCACAGAUUAUUACACUCAUUACACCGGUACUUGGUACUCAUGGUCAGUAAUUGGGUUUGUGGCUCAGCGGAUUCGCAGAGGCAGCUUAGUUGAUAGCUAACUUGGCGAGGCAGGACUCGAAAUCCCUCAACUACCACCACAACCAACGUACCCUCUUCCCAAUCAACCAAAAUCCAAAAAUCUCAAUGCAUCAACCCCAAAUAGUAUAGCCUCGGCUGGCACCGUCGCUGGAACUUCAUGGCUAGCUACUUCCGCGCCAAUAGGCCCAACCCAAGAUUCCAGAACGUUCAUUCAAACACAGCAAACACAGCAGUUAGCACAACAACGACACGAUAUGGUACACAACCUCGAUAUAGGUCCCGAAAGACUUGGUCUGGAUUUCCUUCUAGAAGAGGGUCAACGCCCUAAAAUACCUAUUCCUCCUGCUGGCCCACAAGAAACUUUUGGCUUUCAACAAGCACAAAGACCAAUAGGAAGUGUGAGUCCCAAGGACACACAUCAUCGAAGCAAUUCAAUAGCUAGUAGUGCCACAAGUUAUCAUGCUCCAAAUCCAGCUUCCGGCUCGACCCCAGAAGUGAAUGGUUAUACCGCUCCUAUCCGAAACGGAACCCCUACAUGUCCUUUAGACAGCCUCCUCCUCGACUUUCUCCACGAGCGUCAAGCCGCCGCAUUCGACGGCCUUCCUACCCCAAAACUCGUAGGGCCAGCCUAUCCUUCCGUGUCCAGUCUCUUGAAUCCUUCUCGUGGAAUCACUUCACAUCCCGUCUCAAAAGUCUUCACCGAUAUACUCGCCACAUUCCCUGACCUUUCUACCUUACCCGAAAGAGUAGCUGUCCUCUAUAUAAUGUUUCUUCUCAUGCGCUGGCAAAUUCACCCUAGCCAAGCAAACUACGAUCGUCUUCCCAGCUGGAUUACUCCUCGUCCCAGUCAACUUUUCACUCCACACCCAGCAUGGAUCGACCAUCUUCCCUGGCCCAAAAUGCGUGAUGUCCUCGUUCGCGAUUACAAUCCUCGUGAUUAUCUAUUCGAUAACUUCUUCAUCCCGUUUACUUCUACAUUAAGUCUUAAUUGGCCAUAUGAGCCUACAGACGCGCUUCUAAACUCCGGAGGUGGUAUAGGAGGAAUGGGCUUAGGAUUCAGUGAGGAGGGAGAGUUACUGAUCAAUCCUGUUUUCGAAAGACAUCUCAGGAGAUUGGAGAAUUGGAGCCUGGGACCCGCAUUUGCAAAUGCGUUUCCAGGGUUAAGGGAUACGUAUCGCAUUAAGAUUGAUGGGGAUAGGCGGUAGAGGAAAAAAGGCGCAGGAGGAAUUUUCUUGUAUAAAAUUUAGGGUUGGAAAAGGGGUAGAUCGAGUUGAUGUGAUGAAAUGCAUAGAUUAUGAAUUUUCACAUCAUACCGGAAAUUUAUAUAUAUAUAUUUGGCUUGUAUGAGGAAUGGAUACAAGGGAAGAAAAGACAUGAAAAACUACAAAGAAAUACAAACUUCUUCCUCGUCAGUUUAACCUUACU